GCCGUUAAUCAGUCCCACAAGGUUCUCGGUGCCGUUCAAACGCCUGUCUACCCAAUCCCACCAAGUUUAGAGCUUGCCGGAUCCCUGGACACAGCUCCUCGGUGCACACGUGCCAUGGAGGAUCUCACAUACGCCUACAUCUCCGAGCCCGUGGAGUUUCGGCAGCUGGAGGGCAAGGCCAUUGACUUCCGCAAGACCUUCGAUCUGCGGGGCCAGGGCGGCGACGAAAUGCUCCAGUUGUACCUGCGGAAGGCCAACCUGUCCGACGACCUCGAUCGUCUGCCGGCAAUCAUGCGGCGCGCUUACGUCUAUGACAUAAUUAGGAGCAAUAAGGCUCCCGGUUACUGGGUGCCUCCUUCCAUGCAAGUGAGCGCCGACGUCUUCGCCCAUCCGCCGCCUGCAGUUCGUCCACCUCCCUUCUACGCCGACAACUUGAGCACCAACGCAAGCAUCGACGGCAUGAAGAGCUCAUCCUCCUCGAACAGCCUGGACAGGUAUACGGGCGCUCCGCCUGAAGUUCUAGCGGGUCCAAGCUUCUCCACCAGCGUCCUGGUCAGCAGUAAGGGAUCCAAGUACGAGAUCAGCGGACCCGUCAAUUUCCAGCAUGUUUCUGGCGAUGUGACAAGGGAUCGAACGCGAAAUGCCUUCGACCUGAACGCCGACUCCAACGAUAAUGUGCUGAGGAAGUACAUGAUGGAGCGAGGCAUCACAGAGGCGGACAUCAGUCACAUGCGCCGCCAGGAAGUGAUAAAGAAGAUAGUCCACUCCAACUUUACAUGGAUGCCAUCAAAGAGCGAUCUUCAGGGUCAGCCAAGAGUUCAGGAAAAUACCAGGCCCCUGCUCUAUGCCACCAUUUCCACCAACAACCAGCUAACUCCUCCGUCCUCGCCACCACCGCCGACAAUGGUCAAUAAUUCGAAGCCAACGGCUGCUCCGAACUUCUCCAACUAUGCCUCGCUGACAUCGAGGUUUGUGGACAUCUCAGAUAUGGAUCUGAAUGGUCCGCCACCGCCUGCAUCGACACCUUUUAGACAGCCGGAAGUGGGGACGGUGGUUCCCGUUCAGGUCCAGCAUCAGCAGGUGAACAGACCGAAAGUUCCGCCGCCUCCAUCGGCGGUCAUGGCAAAGAACACACACGGCUACCCAGCGGCUAUUGAUAUUCAUCAAGUGCGUCCUUCGGCAACGCCCAAGGUGUCCAACGAAACCUAUGCCACCAUUGCACCGCAUGGAAAGGUGUCCUCCAUGCGCGUUCCACCGCCAGCGCCUCCAAAGCCAACAAUAGUGCCCAACACGAAUUCCAUGGUUUCCGGUGGAUCCCUGUACGCCGUGUCCCCAGUGCAGUAUGCGCCUGUGGCCAAACCAGCUCCCGUUGGCAAGCCAGCGCCACCAGCUCCUCCAGCCAAGCCGGUUUCGAGGGUUCCCCCUGCUUAUGUGACUCCUCUUCCGGUGCAGAACACAAGAACUCCUAGUGCUACAGUUCCAGUUCCUCCCCCGCCGCCACCUGCGGCAUCUGCAGGAGCACCUCCUCCGCCACCGCCUCCAAUGCCUGUUGCCGCUGCGGGAGGAGCACCACCUCCGCCGCCACCUCCACCAGGUGGCUUGGCGGGAGUUCCACCACCAAUGCAGAUGCCACAACCGAAGGCAGCUCCGGCUGCUUCCGCCGGCGGAGAUCCUAGGGACGCCUUCCUUGCGAGCAUCCGACAGGGUGUAACACUCAAGAAAGUGGACCAGAAGGCGGCCACGAUAAGCGGCAUCAAGCCGCGCCCGGAACGCAAGCCAGUUGGUGGCGACUUCCUGAGUGAACUUAAGAUGGGUAUAACGCUGAGGCGGAUCAAAAACCCAGCCGAUAAUCCCUAUUCCGAGGAGUCGCAGGAGGAAUCGCAGGCGUAACGACUUGGCGGUUAAACUUUUGACCGCGCCGCACCUUACAACACUGAACGGAGCGGGCAGGGUUGCCAGACUGAGAAAAUCCGCCUUAACUUAUAAUUGCGCAAAAAUAACAUUUAAUUUUAAUAUUAAUCACCAUGACAAUGAGCAUUAACGUUUGUAAAUAAAAUGGUAAUGAACACUA